CUAAAGUAGAUGUCAGUAUACGGUGAGCAUUGACUGUGUGAGAGAAAAUGUGGAUCUGUGAGCACUGACCAUGGCCUCGUUCAGAGUGAGAUCACGAUCCUUUUGCAUGAUACUCUGCAACUGCAAAUAUUGAAAUCAUACACCCAUGCGUUCAUUUGUCGCAUUUCCUUUAAAAGCAAUUGGAUCCAAAUUUCAUGAUAUCAUUGACAGUUCUGUGAUUUCAUGAUGGAAAAUGGAAAAAGAAAACAACAACCUUGCUGAUCAAGAUGGUAUUUGGACGUUUCGGCGACUACUCUUUUCUUUUUAAGCUGUGGCAUGACUGAGAUUUUCGGAUUGCCAGAUUUUGCAUUUUUUUUUAAUUCUUUGGGCCUCUUCAUUUUUUCCCCCUUCUUUGGCCACUUAUUUUUUCUUAUUGGGUUUCUCGAUUUCGACAUGCCGAGCUACGCAGAACAAACAGUGGCGUUUUUGGAACGACAUCAACAUGCUGCCAAGCUGACGUUGACCGCGGUCGCAGCAUCGGCUCUGACGGCAGCAGCCAUUCUGAGCGUUCAAGCAUCUCGUCGAAAAUUGCGCACGCGAUCGCUAAAGGAAGAACUCCACGCCGCUCAUUUGCAACAAACCAAACUCACUCCAUUGGGGACUGUGGAACCUUCGCUAGCCAAUGUCGACAGUAACACUUUGAAAGACGUUCAAUAUGACGAAUCAUUGAUUGAAGAACAAUUGGCACGUAACAUUGCUUUUCUCGGUGAAGACGGCGUGAACAAAGUGCGCCAGUCGUUUGUGGUUGUCAUGGGCGCAGGCAGCAUCGGGUCGUGGGCAGCAUUGAUGUUGAUUCGUUCAGGUGUACAAAAUAUCCGUAUUGUCGAUCCCGAGCAAGUCACCCUUGGCACUCUCACACGGCACGCCACAGCCACGCUCGAGGACGUCGGAACCUCCAAAGCCAUGACGCUCAAAAAGCACUUUAAUCAAAUCGCUCCUUUUGUCAAGGUCGACAGUCGAACCGAGGCAUUCACUCUGGCCAAUGCUGAAGAGCUGCUGUCAGGCAAUCCGGAUUUCGUCGUGGAUGCUCUGGACGACGCAAGAUUCAAAGUUCAACUCAUCAAAUACUGUCGCGAUCGUCAAAUUAAUGUCAUGACGACUUCCUCGCCGGGCGCCAAAGCGGAUCCAACUAGAAUUCAGAUCUGUGAUAUCAGUGACACAUUUGAUGAUCCAUUGAUGACUUCUAUCAGAAGGCGUCUUCGAAAAUUGGGCGUGGAUAGAGAAGUGGCUGUCGUUCAUUCGAUUGAGCAAGCAUACCACAUUCACGGACAUUCUCAAGGCAAACGUAUGGAAGAUUUUCCAAUGCGAAAUUUACCCACGCUUGGACCUAUUGCAAGCAUGUUUGGUAUGGCAAUUGCCACGUAUGUGAUCUUGCAAUUAGCCAACUUUACUGCCUAUAAAUUGCCACCCAUGAAGAUCCGCGAAGGCACCUAUGUCCGUAUUCAGAAUGAACUCGCUACGAGAGAAAACAAAGUCUAUGGCAACAGAUCAUGCGAAUUGGAUGUACGCGACGUCGAAUAUAUCCUGCACGAGAUGUGGCAUGAGAAGAGCGUGUUGUCUGGCCCUCAAGACAGAUUGGCGUUUGUACGAUGGGAUCGAAGCAAACCUCUGAGCUAUUUCAAUACAGUAUGCAUGAAUAGGGAUGAAGCGCGAGCUCACGAUGCCUUACCAGCCGAUGCCGACCUCCGACAAACUUACGGACAUGCCGUUGUUGACUUUAUAGAACGACAGAUUGAAAAUGAAAAGCGCUUUCAACAGUCAUGGCAUGAAUAAUCAUAUAAAUUUUAGACCCACAAAGAUAAAAAUUUAGAACCAUCACGGAGAAAGCAUUU